CUUUUCCUUCAUGCACAAAAUACGUUUCCUUCAUAUAAUUUCACGUAUAAAACGUCAAGUUUUGUGAUGUUUUCUUCAAUUUUUUUCCAUACAUGUGAGACAUCAAAGCUGUGACAUUUUCCAUGCUCUACCGUGUACUCGUGGCAAAGACAGCAUUUUCACACACGCGCUGGCCAACGUCAAGUAGAGAGCUGAAGAGUAGAGUUUGCUUAAUAGAGAUAGUUUCUGAGUUGGGAUUUCUGGAAGUUACAUGUUCUCUCUUCGGGUCCACAGUGCCAUCUUCUACCCGUCUUUACAUAUCUGAUUGCUUCCGGAAGUUGCAACACCAUGCUUUCAGCUUUCCCUCAACACUCACAUCUGACACGUGUUUGGUUGCUAAUGAUGUACUGAGCACUUGUUUUUCACACAUAACAAUAUUUGGGAUUUUUACCUGCAGAGGACAAGGGCAGCGAUGAUAUUCAGAAACCUGGGGCCAUUUGUGCCAAUUAUCAAAGUAGCAUGGGGAAAAACUAUCGCUGUUUCUAAGCUCUUUUGUUUUCUACACAUUACCAACACCUAUGUGAUCAGCCCUGUUGUGACAUAUGGUCCUAGCAUGCUUCCUACAAUCGAACUGAGACCAAAUGUGUUCUUAAUGGAAAAGAUCUCAACCCGGUUUGGUAAAGUUGCUUGUGGAGAUAUUGUAGUCUUGCGUCAUCCUCAAGACCCUAGACGCUUCAUGACAAAACGCGUGGUUGGAUUGGAGGGUGAUAGUGUUACAUACAUUUCAGAUCCCGAGAACAAUGAUAAGCCUGAGACAACUGUGGUUCCAAAGGGUGGUGUUUGGCUAGAGGGAGAUAACAAGUAUAAUAGCCUUGAUUCAAGAAAAUUUGGGCCUGUUCCUUAUGGCCUUAUUCAGGGCAAGAUGUUUUGGAAGAUAUUGCCACUUAAUGAUAUUGGACCUUUCUGGGAUAAAUGAUCUGAAGCAAAGCAUUCAAUCAUGUAAGCUACAAUAUUUGUUCAACAUGACUGUUCAAUUUGGAAGACAAAACCCUACCUGUUUGGACUCUGUCCAACCUUCUCUUUGCGAUUAGGAGUUUACAACCUAGACUUGUGCAUUUUGCUCGGCUAAGAUUCAAAUUGCUACUUUUUUUCUAGUAAAUAUAAGGGAAGUUUAUCUUCAAGGGUCGUUUGUUUCUAUUACAUAUAUAAUUAACUUUCUA